AUGGCUACGGAUUCUGGGGAGCCAACUAGCACAGAAGAUUCUGAGAAACCUGAUGGGGUUUCCUUUGAAAACAGGGUUGCUCAGAUUGCUGCACCUCUGAUUGUAGAAGCUAGAAUGAAGGAAAAAACAAGCACCUUCUCUACUGCCGGGGAAACCAUUGAAAGAAAGAGAUUUUUCCGAAAGAGCGUUGAGAUGACUGAAGAUGACAAAGUUGCUGAAUCUUCCCCUAGAGAUGAAAGAAUAAAGGCUGCAACAAACAUUUCAAGAGUAGAUAAGCUUCCUACCAAUGUGCUGAGAGGUGGACAAGAAGUUAAAUAUGAGCAGUGUUCAAAGGCAACCUCAGAAUCCUCAAAAGAUAGCAUCAAGGACAAAAAUGAAAAGGAAAUGGAAGAAGAAGCAGAAAUGAAGGCUGUAGCAACUUCCCCUAGUGGCAGGUUCCUGAAAUUUGAUAUAGAGCUGGGAAGAGGAGCAUUUAAGACAGUAUAUAAAGGACUGGACACUGAAACGUGGGUUGAAGUUGCUUGGUGUGAACUACAGGACCGCAAAUUAACUAAAGCUGAGCAGCAACGGUUCAAAGAAGAAGCAGAGAUGUUGAAAGGCCUCCAGCAUCCCAAUAUAGUUCGAUUUUAUGAUUCCUGGGAGUCUAUAUUAAAAGGAAAGAAGUGUAUUGUGUUAGUGACUGAACUAAUGACAUCAGGAACCUUAAAGACGUACUUAAAACGAUUUAAAGUCAUGAAGCCAAAGGUCUUAAGAAGUUGGUGCAGACAAAUUUUAAAAGGAUUGCAGUUCUUGCACACAAGGACCCCUCCUAUUAUUCACCGGGAUCUGAAGUGUGACAACAUUUUUAUCACAGGACCCACUGGAUCUGUGAAGAUUGGUGAUCUGGGACUUGCAACCUUAAUGCGCACAUCAUUUGCUAAGAGUGUCAUUGGCACUCCUGAGUUUAUGGCUCCAGAGAUGUAUGAAGAACACUAUGAUGAAUCUGUAGAUGUUUAUGCUUUUGGGAUGUGUAUGUUGGAAAUGGCUACUUCGGAGUAUCCAUAUUCCGAGUGCCAGAAUGCAGCUCAAAUAUACCGUAAAGUAACCAGUGGCAUAAAACCAGCCAGCUUCAAUAAAGUCACAGACCCUGAAGUAAAAGAAAUAAUUGAAGGAUGUAUUCGACAAAACAAAUCUGAAAGGUUAUCUAUCAAGGACCUACUAAAUCAUGCAUUCUUUGCUGAGGAUACUGGACUGAGGGUGGAGUUAGCAGAGGAAGAUGAUUGUUCAAAUUCAUCCCUGGCCCUAAGACUCUGGGUUGAAGAUCCUAAAAAAUUAAAAGGCAAACAUAAAGACAAUGAAGCUAUUGAAUUCAGUUUCAAUUUAGAAACAGAUACACCCGAAGAAGUAGCAUAUGAACUGGUCAAGUCUGGAUUCUUCCAUGAAAGUGAUUCUAAAGCUGUUGCUAAAUCCAUUAGGGACCGCGUGACUCUGAUAAAAAAGAUAAGGGAAAAGAAGCCUGCUGGAUGCUUGGAGGAAUGCAGGGAUUCCCAGUGCAAGUAUGUGGGGAAUGUAUUUCCUCAGCAGCAGACCACAACUCUACCACCUGCUCCUGCUACACAGACUGUGGCUGAAUGUGAAGAAACAGAAGUUGAUCAGCAUGUUCGACAGCAAAAUCUACAGGGAAAACCACAGCAGCAGUGCUCUUCUGUAAGAGGUGAUACUUCAUCUGAGGCAGCAGCUGGACCAGUUCUACAUUCAGAUACUUCAAGUCUUCCCAAUGUAGCCUAUUCUUCAAACCAGAUAACUAACUCUCAGGUAGUGUCUAGUAUCCUACAGACUGACAGUUUUCAAGGGCAAAUCUAUUCUUCUCACCAACUAGUAGGACAUUACCAGCAAAUUUCAGGGAUGAGGGAAUUACUACUCUAUUUUACAUAUUGGAGAGUUUAUCUAUUUUCUUCUAUUUACCAGUUGCAAGAGCAGCCAAAGCUGACUGAGUCCCCAGUUUUGCCUGUGGUACAAGGUCAGUCUUCUGUUAUGCCCAUAUAUGCCGUUGGACAUGCAGUUGUUUCACAGUCUCAAAUUUCUCCAUUAACUAUCCAGAAGGUCUCACAGAUAAAGCCUGUGUCCCAACCAGUAGGAGCUGAACAACAAGCAGCUCUUCAAAAUCCAGAUUUUGUUCCAAGCUUGAAUCAAGAUGUGACAACUAUGAAAGAAAACACUAAUAACCCUGAUAACCCAAAUGGAAAUGGCAAACAGGAUCGGAUCAAACAGAGAAGAGCCUCCUGUCCCCGACCAGAGAAGGGGACUAAAUUUCAGCUUAUUGUCCUUCAGGUAUCAGUCUCUGGAGACAACAUGGUGGAGUGUCAACUAGAAACACACAACAACAAGAUGGUCACUUUCAAGUUUGAUGUCGAUGGUGAUGCACCUGAAGAUAUUGCAGACUAUAUGGUUGAAGAUAACUUUGUGCUGGAAAAUGAGAAAGAAAAAUUUGUAGAAGAAUUGAGGGCUAUUGUAGGUCAAGCCCAGGAGAUCCUUCAUGUCCACUCAGCUGCAGAAAAAUCUAUUGGUGUUGACUCUGUUGCCUUGGAAUCCAAUAGUAACCAAACAGGAUCAUCUGAACAAGUACUGAUAAAUUCUGCAUCCACUCAAACCAGCAAUGAAUCAGUUCCUCAGUCAUCCCCAGUUGGUUGGUGGCGGUUUUGUAUCAACCAAACUAUAAAACAUCGUGAGGCACAGUCUCCUCCUUCCCUUCAGCCUUCUGUGGCUACAGUUCCUGGGCUACAUCCAUUUUCUAGUUCAAGAAACACAAGUAAUCAGGAAAUAUCACAGGACACAUUGUUCACUAUAGAGAAUAAUCCAGGCCAGCAUGUAAUUUUCACCUCUAAAUCAGAACACAAGGAUGUGGUUGAUGGUAAUAUUUCUGAAUGUGCUAGUGGAGAAACUGAGCAGCCAACUAUUCACUGUCAAGUGGAAGAUGACAGACAGAUAAGGGCACCAGCUACUGAUCAUUCCAAUGAUUCUGCUACUUUGGUAUGUCCAGUUUCAGUUGAAUGUGAGGCACUCACCAGCCAAGCAGGCAUGUUCAUACCUACCCAUCCAUGUCAGCAAGCUGCUGUUCUGGCUGAUGUGCUUCUGCCCCAUCCUGGUGAAUCGGUUCAGAUUGGUGAUAAUGUUGUUCUAACUUCAGCAUUUGUAUCUUCUGAUCAAAAGCCUCAACCAACUAUAGAUGCAGAGUUCAUUUCCCAAGAAGUAGAAACCACAGUGAACACUGAAACAAGUUCUCCUAAGGCAGUCCUUGCCACUCAGACUCCUGGCUUUGAACCAGCUACACAUCUUCCUGCUACUGUCCUGGAAUCAGAUGGGGAACGACCUCCAAAAAUGGAGUUUGCAGACAACCGAAUUAAAACACUGGAUGAAAAAUUAAGAAACCUGCUCUAUCAGGAGCACAGCAUUUCUAGCAUUUAUCCUGAGAGUCAGAAGGAUACUCAAAGCAUAGACUCUCCAUUUUCUUCCUCUGCUGAAGAUAUACUAUCCUAUUCAAUGCCAGAAAUCAUAGCUGUCAGUCACUGUGGGAUUCAAGAUAGUCCCACACAAUCUCCAAAUUUCGAACAGACAGGCUCUAAGAUUCCGUCCAAUGUAGCUGCAAGUCAGCCUGCUAAUAUAUCAGUGUUCAAAAAAGACUUGAAUGUGAUAACUUCUGUACCCAGCGAGUUAUGUUUACAUGAGAUGUCCUCAGAUGCUUCACUUCCAGGGGAUCCAGAGGCCUAUCCUGCUGCUGUGUCAAGCGAUGGAACCAUUCAUCUGCAGACAGGAGGUGGAUAUUUUGGCCUAAGCUUUACUUGUCCUAGUCUCAAAAAUCCUAUUAGCAGGAAAUCCUGGACUCGAAAAUUAAAAAGCUGGGCAUACAGGCUACGGCAGUCAACCAGCUUUUUCAAGAGAUCAAAAGUCCGUCAAGUGGAAACAGAAGAUAAAAGAUCAGCAAUUGCUUCUGAUCCCAUUCCUCUGCCACGGGAGUUCUCAGCUGAUACUAGGGCUUUGAGUAGAUGUAAAGCAAUGAGUGGAUCAUUUCAGCGGGGCCGCUUCCAGGUGAUUACAGUUCCUCAGCAGCAGUCAGUGAAAAUGAUGUCUUUUGGAAAAGAACACAGACCUCCAUUCAAGAAAACAACAGUCCAGUCCAGUGAACAAGCAGCAGCCUUUGCUGAAACUGCAGUAUCUCAGUUGAUUGAAGUGGAACCUGCCGUGCCCACUCCUAAAGCGUCAGAUUCUUCACGAAAGUUACAAACUCUUUAUGAAACUUUUAAAGAAGAUAAAAGAGAGCCUGAACAAGGUGACAUCUUCUCAUCUUUCAGCACAGCUUGUGAAACCAGUGUGUCUUCAGUGACUACAGAAAAGAACUUGGAAGAAACUUCAACUACAGGAAUCAGUGUGCAUUCUGGGUCUGAACUGUUAGAUAAAGAAACAGAGGAAUUGACUCCUGGGAAACAGCCUUAUGAAUUUUCGGCCCCUCUUGCUGGUAAUGGAAAGUCAGUGGCAAAAUCUGGUUCAAAGAGUGAUCAGUAUUUACCACUCAGUAAAGAGCAAGCCUAUGUUCAAACACAGAGUUCACUCUUCUAUUCUCCAUCAUCACCAAUGAGCAGUGAUGAUGAAUCAGAAAUUGAGGACGAGGACUUGAAAGUAGAGCUUCAAAGAUUACGAGAAAAACACAUUCAGGAGGUGGUCAAUCUUCAAACACAGCAGAAUAAAGAGCUGCAGGAGCUCUAUCAACGCCUUCGAGCAACUAAAGAUAGCAAAGUGCAAUCUUCAGAGAUUCCUUCAUCACCUGCUUCACCACGUCGGCCAAGAUCUUUCAAAAGUAAACUCCGAAGCCGCCCUCAAUCUUUGACACAUUCAGACAAUGUCAUUGUUGUAAAAGGUAAACCAAUCAUCAUUAAUGAACUCAAAAAUGCUCUAUGUGUGGAGAGUAAUACAGCGUCACGCCAACAAUCUUCAGCCAGUAAAAAGGGGAUGUUCACAGAUGAUUUACACAAGUUGGUGGAUGAUUGGACAAAGGAAACAGUAGGAAAUUUUCCUAGUAAGCCAAGUUUAAACCAACUCAAACAGAGCCAACAAAAAUUAGAGACAGAAAACUGGAACAAAGUAUAUGAAAAUACUCCAUCUACUAUGGGCUACACAUCAACAUGGAUAUCUUCUCUCUCCCAAAUUCGUGGCGCUGUCCCAACUUCCUUACCACAAGGACUCCCACUCCCUUCAUUUCCUGGGCCAUUAUCAUCAUAUGGAAUGCCCCAUGUUUGUCAGUAUAAUGCCGUAGGGGCCACGGGGUAUCCAGUACAGUGGGUAGGAAUUUCAGGAACAGCACAGCAGUCUGUAGUGGUUCCUGCCCAAUCUGGGGGACUCUUCCAACCCGGGAUGAAUUUGCAGGCAUUUCCAGCUUCACCAAUGCAGAAUCCGGCAUCAAUCCCUCCUGGUCCUAAGUGAAUCCAAAUAGAUGCUGAAACAAGGGGAGAGGACUUUCAUCAAACACCUGUGAUACUAAACUUUCUUCUUGAGUUCUGCCAUAUUUUCUCUCAUUUGAGCCCACUUUCAACUGUGUUUUUUGUUAUUCCAAUGUGAUAUUUGGUAGAGCUCAUCAUUC